CAUUCUAAAUGUAUACUAUCAUUUUACUAAAUCUCAUCCCAAUCUCAGAUUUCAAUCCUGUGCUUUUCACUUGUGAGACAAUGGUUGACCUCACUCAAAAUUUGUUAGCGAAUUCAAAAAUAGGUUGAUCAAAUCUGGCAACAUCUGUACCACAUGGAAAGCAUGGUUUGAUUUUGUUUACAAAUUGGUGUGAAUCGGGAAAAUUUUCCGGUUUUUUUUACAAGUACAAUAACGACAAAAGUCCCUUUUAAACAUGUUUGAUAUAAGAUUAAUUAGGGAAAUUGAGGAAGAAGAAUCUUCUGCUACCGAAAAUCCUUUGCUUGUUACGCCUGGUUGUAUUGUAUCAUCAGAUCCUGGAUUUAUGAGAGGUCAUGGAACCUGGAUUGAUGAAAAUGAAAAAAUAUGUGCUACUGUUGCUGGAACUGUUGAGAGAAUAAACAAGCUGUAUUCUGUAAGGCCACAAAGAUCACGUUAUAAUGGUGAAGUUGGUGACGUAGUUGUUGGAAGAAUAGUAGAGGUGCAGCAUAAAAGAUGGUUAGUUGAUAUAAAUGCUCGCUUGAAUGCUAUUUUAUUACUAUCUUCUGUUAAUCUGCCUGGUGGUGAAUUGAGAAGAAAAACAGAAGAAGACGAAUUAAUGAUGAGGCAUCACUUAGAAAUUGGAGAUCUGAUUAGUGCAGAAGUACAAUCAGUAUUUUCUGAUGGUGCAUUGUCACUACAUACAAGAAGUUUAAAGUAUGGAAAACUUUCACAAGGGCAGUUGGUGAAAGUGUCACCUUCUUUGGUUCAGCGAACCAAAACUCAUUUUCAUAAUAUUGUGAGUGGUGUGCAGUUAAUUUUAAGUAAUAAUGGUUAUAUUUGGAUUGCUCCAACAUCAGGAGAAGAUGUUGAAACUGGUGGCUAUGUACAAAAUUUAGAAUACAUUUCCAAAUCAGAUCGGGAAAAUAUUGCAAGAUUGAGAAACUGCAUUCUAGCUUUAACUGCCCAUAAUAAGCUAUUAUCUGAUACAAUAGUCCUUUAUGCAUAUCAAGAGUCUAUGAAUUAUGAACCAAAACAGCUUCUGAAACCUGAGAUCAUGAAAGAAGUUGUUGAUGCUGUGUUGCAAAGAAUAGAAUUAGAAGGUCAAUAAAUUGUAUAUUACAAUUUGUUUGUCUUUAGGCAUUUUGUACUACUGUAUAUAAUUUAUAAAAAAAUUUUAUAAUGUU